AACCAUUUGAUGAAAAAGAUAACGCCGCGUAACUGAAUAGAAAUGAUACUACUUCACUCCAGUGGCUAUUGCCGCGUUUCCACGCCAAGAGCAUUCAAAUUCCAAACACCACUUUCUCCUUCACUCCUUUUCUCUGCAACCAACUCCAAAUCUCGUUCCGCCAUUGCAAGAGCUAGUUCUGGUUUCGCCGAUAACUCCGACUCCGGUGACGGCGGAGAGCCAAGGGCGAAUUACGCCGGCGUGCAGUUGGAGGAGAUCGUCGAUAACAGAAUCGGAUCUGGAAAACCUAGACUCGAUAGUUGGAUCUCUACUCGCAUCAAUGGAAUCAGUAGAGCUCGCGUGCAAUCAAGUAUCAAAUCUGGACUCGUUCAUGUCAAUGGCCGCGUUGUUAAUAAGGUUUCUUUCAAUGUCAAAUCUGGUGAUGAGAUCAAGUGUACAAUUGCUGAGUUGCAGAGUUUGAGGGCUGUGCCAGAAGAUAUACCUUUGGAUAUAGUUUAUGAAGAUGAGCAUUUGCUAGUCAUAAAUAAACCGGCACACAUGGUUGUGCAUCCAGCACCUGGCAAUACAUCUGGGACGCUUGUAAAUGGCAUUCUUCACCAUUGCAACCUUCCAAAUGCUGAAUUUUCUAACGAGGACGCUCUUGCAUAUACAGAAGAUUCUGAUGAUGAAUUGAAUAGCUUCUUCCAGGCAAGUUCUUGUGAAGGGUCUGCGGCAUCAAUUCGCCCUGGAAUCGUACACAGAUUGGACAAAGGCACAAGUGGAUUACUUGUUGUUGCGAAGGAUGAACAUUCUCAUAAGAAAUUGUCUGAACAAUUCAAGCUACGUACUAUCAAGAGGGUCUAUGUUAGUCUUACUAUUGGGGUACCUACUCCAGUUGCUGGGCGAAUUGAGGUUGCAGUUGGCCGUGAUCCUAAUAAUCGGAUUCGUAUGACCGCUGUAACUGGACCAGCUAGUUCCAUGAAGGCCCGUCAUGCUGCUAGUAGGUACAAAGUAAUUGAGACACUUGCUGGAGGAAGUUGUGCAUUGGUUGAGUGGAAGUUGGAAACUGGGCGCACUCAUCAGAUCCGUGCGCAUGCCAAGUACUUGAAUGUUCCUCUACUGGGUGAUGAGGUAUAUGGUGGGACCAAAAGCAUGAUCAUGUCACUGCUACGGCUCCGAACACCUCCAAGUUUGCAUAGCGGAAUUAUGAAAAUGGUUUCUGCCUUGGAUAGGCCUUGCCUUCACGCAUUGACUCUCGGGUUUCAGCAUCCCCAUUCAGGGGAGCAGGUGCACUUCUCAUGCCAACCCCCUGUAGACUUUGAUGAGAUUUUGGACCAGCUUCGUAAAAUUGGCAGUGAGAAGGUUUCUUACUCAAAGCGUUCAAAAUUCUAAUGAGGGUGCGUGUAAGCCAUUGGUCCCAUUCAUAUUCAUACAUACCAGAUCUUUGCAGGCCAGUCUCAAGAAGGAAGCGACUGAGCUAUCAUCUAGUUGACGGCUUUUAUUCCUUUUACCAAGCAAGCAACCUGACAUAGCAAUUCUUAAGGGAAAAUUCAGGGUCUGAGUAUUUCAAGCAAUCUUGAUUUGAGGAAUAUCCCUCAGCUCCUUACAUUUACUUUACCUCGCCCCGCCCCUUAAGAAAAGGGUACAUGUACACAUGUUAAGCAAAUGUACAUCAAAAGAAUUUAAUCAGUUUUAACUUAAAUUUAAUUUUUCUUCAA